CCUUGCACAAGAACAUCUAAGCAAAGGCACACUAGACCUAGAUUUCACUAGCCACCUCAAAAUCAUGACCAUGGGAAGAGGCAGUUGCACAAAAGUCACACUCAUUGUCAUGCUGGUCAUCAUCUGGUCACCAAUUGAGUCCUAUGCAGCCAGCCAUGUUGUGGGUGAUAAUCAGGGAUGGGGUUUCUCAGUGUCUUACUCAGACUGGGCCAAGGGAAAGAGCUUUGCCUCAGGAGAUACACUUGUUUUCAACUACCAACCUGGUCUGCACAAUGUGGUGCUAGUAACUGCUGCAGGUUACAAAAACUGCAAGGCCCCAGGAGCUGCUGAGGCAGCAACUUCAGGCAAUGACAACCUCACUUUGAAAAAAGGAGCGAAUUACUUCAUUUGCAGCAUUCCAGGCCACUGCUCUGCAGGGAUGAAACUCCAGGUAGUAGCAGAGUAAUUGAAGAGCCGUGAGUUAUCCACACAGCUCUCUUACUGCAGUAAUGAUUACUACCACAUAUAAAGACGGUCUCUAUUGUUAAUAGAGCUUGAAAUAACGACUGUCGCUUCCUACAAACUAAGAAGUAUAUGCAAGACUACAAUAUGUCAAUAUCUUAUGCUAACUAAGAUGUACUACAACUUGCUUCUAAUUAAGGAAACUAUGAAGUUCUCUUCCUUAAGUAAUAAGCAUCUGUUACAUGUACUAGCACUUUCUUAUAUUUUGCUUGCAUCUUCUCCACCAGCUGAUCCUAA